AUGGAAAAAGAUGAGGAAGCAGAGGACCAUUCGAAGUACAAAGGGACCAGUUCAAAUCCGGUCAUUAAAAUACCUGCUGGGCUUCUCAAAAAAGUUAGAGAACCAUGGAAAAAGUGCCUCAUUGUGAGAAUCUUGGGCAAGAAUAUUGGAUAUAAUCUAUUUGUGAAUCGUAUGCGGAAGCUAUGGAAUCCUCAAGCAGAUUUCGAAACUCUAGACAUCGGACAUGGCUUUUUCAUAGUGAAAUUUGAAAUGAUGGAGGACUAUUCCAAGGUAUACAUAGGAGGACCAUGGGUAAUGAUGGACCGGUAUGUGACAGUUUGUAAAUGGCAGGCCGAUUUUAAAUCGGAUGAAGCAGAGAAGGACACAACCGCAAUCUGGGUUAGAUUUCCUAAUCUCCCUAUUCAGUACUAUGAUGAAAAAGUCCUUUACCAUAUAUCGAAGGCGCUUGGUAAACCUUUAAAGAUUGAUAUUAACACUUCCAUGGCAGCACGUGAGAAGUAUGCCCGAGUCUGUAUUGAGAUGGACCUGCGUAAACCGCUCAUAUCCCAUCUUACCGUUGGCAAAUAUCAUUACAUUGUAGAAUAUGAACAUCUACACCUGCUGUGCUUUUCGUGCGGCCGUAUCGGUCAUCGGAAAGAAAAGUGUUUUGAAUUUCCGGUGAUGCAACCGGAGAAGACGACACAAAAUGUGACCGUUAGCCAAUCAGAAACUGAUAAUGGGACAGGAACAUCAAAACCCACUGGGCCAAAGAAGAAGGAAGUCUGUAUAGAGGCAAAGACUUGUGGUUAUGGGCCAUGGACUUUAGUCACCACUAAAAGAAAAUUUCAACAAGGGAAACUAAAGCAGAAGGCCCACUCUUAUAAGAGUAAUUGA